UAGCCGGUGUGAAUUAAGUUUGUUGCAAUUUGUUUGAAACAGUUUCCAUGUUAACGCUGAACAAUGUUAACGUUAUGGAGAAUCAGGCCCCUCCCAAGACACAGGAUAUAUCCAAUUGGCCCCUCCUUGACAGUCGUGGCAAUAGUUUAGACGAAGUCGGACGGCCUCAAAAGAAAGUCCCAGUAAAAGCAGAGAAAAAUCACAUCAAAUGGAGGGAGAAAACCCCAGAAACGGAGGACGAGAGCUACCCAGCACCCAUUCCUGUGGACGAGUUAGAAUACUCGGACGAGGACGAUUUAGAUGGGGAAGAGGACGAGAUGGAAGCUAUAAUCCAGAACAAGAUAGGGAACGCAGAGCGGAACUACAUGUACCCGGAACAUGAGCCGGGGAAACAUAACCCUGCUAAACCGCCCAUGUUGAAGUUCAAAGCUAGCUUGUUUAGCAGGAACGUGUUGGUUGUUAACAAGGCGCUCAGAAAGUUCAUGAACAAGGACAAGGAACCAGAGGACAAUGAGGAUAGUGAACAGGAUAAGAGAAUGCCGAGACGGGUCGAGGGAAGGGUACAGUCCUCAAAGCGUCGUCAGCAUAUGAGUCUCCGGAACCAGUACUCGGAACUCUCCGUCAACUACGAUGAGAUACUCAAAGAAAACAAGCUCCUCAAGCAAAUACAGAAACGACAAGAGAGGGAGUUGGACAAAUAUAAUAACCCUGACGAGGACUUACCUCGGUUACUGGACGCAAAUAACUAUGAGAUCGCUGGGUUAAAGGCAAAAAACAAACAGUUACUAUUCGAAAAACGGGAACAGGAUGACAAACUGAGACGGCAACAUCAAGAAAUCAUAUCGCUAAAAGAACAGAACAAGAAAAUGACGACUUUAGCAAACAACAGAAAACUUGGCGAGCGAGAAAAACUAGAGUUAGAGUUGACAACCGCCAGAGUCACGAUCGCUCACCAGGAAAAUAAAAUACAGGAUCUGACGAAAGCAGUAGAAAUUUACAAGAAAGCGGCUGACAGGGAAGUUAAAGGUAACCAGUUACAGUUAAAGAAGGCUCAAAACAACCUAAGAGAUCUUCAGGACGCUUACAACGAACUCUUCUUGAAAUACAAGGCAAAAGAGAAAGAGUUGGGUAACCAGAAUAUAUACGCUCAAAGAGGCAGGAUCAGCUCCAAACGUUCCAACUACAGACCGGGUCAAUCAACACAGUCCAACCCUAACAUGAACUUGUCCGUUAAUAGUUACGUUUCUACUGCAACGCCGGUUGCUUUGCCUUUUGAGAAGAAAGAGGAAAAGUCUGUCAAAUCAACUUCUGCUCUAAGUUCCUUAGAAAGACUAGAAUCAGAGUUGGAGCUAUUGAACCAGCGAACGGAAUCUUUGGUUGAUCUGGAAAAAGUUUUAGAGGAGGAGAAAUCACCAGAACUUCCUGCCAAGUCACCUUCUCCCGUCGAGUCGCGUCCAAGGUCCCCCUCCACCCUGGCUUCAGAUUCUGAAGACGACUUGGACGAGGAAAUAAGAUCGCCAACGCCUCCUCCAAAACCGAGCAAAGUGGCAACACCAAAAGCCCCUAGCCCAGCUGAUACAGAAUUCACUCCACCCGACCCUUCUCCGGAAUCCGAGCUACAGAAUAGGAUCCAAGAGGAAGCGAGACUCGCUCAAGAAGAAGAAAAGAGAAAUCAGGCUGAAGCAGCAAGACUGGCUGAGGAAGCAACAAGAAGAGCUGAAGAAGCUGCUAGAAAGGCUGAAGAAGAAGCUCGUAAAGCAAGAGAAGCAUCACGAAAAGCUGAGGAAGAGAAGAAAAGAGCGGAAGAGGCGAAGGCCGAGAAAGCUAGAGCAGCCGCGAAGAAAAUUGAAGAUGAAGAAGCUGCCAGCAAAGCAGAAGAACAGAGGCUCUUAUUGGAACGUAAGGCGAAAGAUGAUGCUCUGAAAGAAAAACUUGCAGCCGUCAGAGCAAAUGCAGGUGGUGACUUCAUGUCCCAACUAAAAGCCAAGAAGGCUACCCCAGUUGUCUCCCCGGCUCAAUCUGUGAAGUCAAAUGCCGCGUCACCUCCUGCUCCGGCACCAAUAGAGCGCACUGCACGGAAAUCAGGAUCCGGAGGUGAGCUCAGGAAAACCGCUGCUCUAAACAAUGUUAACACUAACAGAAGGAAAAAGAGCUCUGACGACGACCUGACAGGAGGGUACCAACCCUCUUUCGCUACCUCCAAACCAGUUAUUGGGAAGGCUGAUCCUUUUGGGGUUGAAAUAAACAAUGGUAGUGAAUAUACCCCAUCAUUUUCUAACAAUCAGAGAAUUUCGAGGGAAAGUUCGAAUAAUAAGGGCUGGACACCAACCGGUCGGGCAUCUACGAGCGAACGAAAUGGACUAUUUGAAGCUUCGCUCGAUCACAAGCCGAUCCUCAACAGGAGGGCCAGCAAAUCGAAGAACGUGAUCCCAGUUAAGACUUAUGAUCAAGACGAUGAUUUGGAGGAACUUAUGCUGUAGAUAUUUUACCCUACAGUUGGUUAUGAAAAACUUUUUUAGAUGAUGACAGCUGUUUUUCUAAAAGAUUUUUCUAACUUGCUAAACCUAAUUGUUAAUACGUAUUGUUGUUUAUUAAGGUACCGUUUAUUCAGAAUCAAAUUACCAUGAUUAAAA